GACCGGCCUCGGCCGGAAGUCGGAAGGGCGCCGUCUCCGCUAUGGCGGGCGGCGGGCCGAUUUGUUACGCGCUGCUGUGUGGUCAGGCGGCGCUGUUGCUGGGCAACCUGCUCCUACUACAGGGGGUCUCCCGGACCCAUCAGCACAACGCCACCGAGAGCCCCCCCGGAGCUCGAGAGGCAGAAGGGCAGCAGCGGCCCCCUCAUGCAACCCCCGCCAGCCUCUGGGAGUACCAAGGCCCAUACGCCCCGCUGAUUCUCUGCCGCUACCUACCGGAAGAAUUCAUAGAAUGUGAGGCCCCUGUGGACCACAACGGGAAUACAAGUGCGCGGGAUGAAUUGGGUUAUGGCUGUCUCAAGUUCGGUGGCCAAGCAUACAGCGACGUCAGCCACACUCGCGUUCUUUGCAGGGCAUUGGAUGGCAUUGAGUGUGCAGGACAGCGAACCUUUCUGCGUGGGAACAAGCCGUGCAUAAAAUACACUGGACACUACUUCAUUACCACCCUCCUCUACUCCUUUUUCUUGGGCUGCUUUGGAGUGGACCGCUUCUGCCUGGGCCACACAGGUACAGCAGUGGGGAAACUGCUGACUCUUGGAGGACUCGGCAUCUGGUGGUUUGUGGACCUGAUUCUUUUAAUUACCGGGGGACUCAUGCCCAGCGAUGGGAGCAACUGGUGCACCAUUUACUGAAAAGCUUAUCAUUUUGGUGGCUGAAAAGCUUAUCAUUUUGGUUGGACUUAAUCCCAAGCAGAAAAAGAAGAGGGGCAGCCUGGCUGACAUGACCUACUGCUUGUGAUAAGAUCCAUGAAGACCAAAGAGACUGGAGGCGGUGUAUUUAUUUUUUUUCCCACGGAACUGAGACGGGGGUUGAACAGAAAAAAAAAAAUGCCAACCACAAUUUCUGAGAUAUAUACCUCAUUGUUUCAAAGUUGUUCUUCUCCUUACGGGAAGACUACAUUUAUUUAUGGAUUCCAUGCUGUUUUCGACGUGCCGUGCUCCACUCCCGUAUUUCAGCUUGUGCCAUGGUCAUUUCUGUAGAUGAGUCCCCAGCGCUGGGUUCUUGUUGCUGUGAGUUCAGAAGUUUUUAUAAUCAUUCCAUGCGGCUGGAAUUUGCAAGGUUUAAGGCCGUACUAAAAGAUGGUGAUGUGUAUUUGCUUUCAAUUUUAGGAGAGUGGCACUCUUUUCCCCCUUAGAGUGCAAGCAAGAAGUCCCUAAAUAAAGCCCCUCUUUAUGUCUUUGUGCAUAGAUAAUCUCCAACAAUCCUUCUCCAUUCUUAAAUCUCAUUUUACAAUGCAGGUAUGGAGAAGCAAGAGUUUCUU